AUGAAUACACUCACUGAUUUGAAUACUAUAAGAGAUAAGUUCCCAGAGGAAAAGAUAUAUAAGGCAGUUCCAAUACAAGGUACAGAGAAGCCAGGAUUUUCACCAAUUUAUAGGAAUUCUGCUUCGUUAAAUAAAUUGAUUCCUAAUCCAUCUCCUGAAUUGAAUACUUUGCAUGCUCUUUUUGAAAAUGCUGUUAGGUUAUUUGGUGAUUCUGAUUGUCUAGGUGAAAGAUUGAUGAACUCACAAACUGGUAAAUUGGAUGAUUUCUUCACUUUUGAAACUUAUAAACAAAUCAAUCAAAGAAAAAUCAAUAUAGCUUCUGGCUUAAUCAAUUUAGUUACAAAACAUCCAGAUUUCACCUCUACUGAAUCAAAUGUUGAUUCAAUUACUGGGAAACCAAAAUUUGUUGUUAGUGUCUCUGGGAGAAAUAGUAAAGAAAUGAUCCUAACAGAUUUGGCUACAAGAUCUUUUUCAAUUCCAAAUACUGGUUUAUAUGAAUCUUUAAAUGAUGAUUCAGCUGCUCAUAUUUUGAAAUUAAGUGAAUCUCCGGUAUUAGUUUGUAACAAAAAUUUGAUUCCUAAAUUCCUAAAGAUCAAGAAGAAAUACAAUAUUAAUACUUUGUUCCUUUUCAUCUCUUAUGACAAGUUGGAUAAAAAUGUUGAUAUACAACUGCUCAAUGAUACACAAAAAGCUGGUAUUGACUUGACUGAUUUCCAAUAUGUUGAAGAAUUCGGUGAAUCUCAUAGAUUAUCACCAGAUUUUAAUAUCCCAAAACCUGAAACUUUAUACACUUUAGCAUUCACAUCAGGUACAACAGGUAUGCCAAAAGGGGUUUAUUUAACCCAUGAAAAUGCAACUGCAAAUGUUACUGGAUUUUUAUUACAUGCACCAAAACCUGCAACAAAUUUAUCACCUGAAAAAUUUAGAGAUUUUAGAUAUAAUAAAGAUUCUAGAGGUAAACAAUUGAAAACUUUAUGUUUUUUACCAUUAUUACACAAUUAUGAAAAAUCAAUUUCAAAUUUUGAAUUAUCUUACGGUAUCGCAUUAGCAUUACCUUCUAAACCUGGUCCAAAAUCUCUUUUUGAAGAUUUGAAAAUAGUUCAACCUUCUUUAUUCACUGGUGUUCCAAGAGUUUUCACAUUGAUUGAAAAUAAGAUUAAAGAAUUCAUUUCAAAAGCUGGUUUAAGCUUGGAAAAGGAAGAAGCUAAAACACAACUUGCUGUAAGAAAAGAGUUUGGUUUAGAAUUCGUCUCGUAUCUCAUGUGUGCAUCAGCUCCAAUAUCAAAAGAAUCAAUUAUUUUCUUAAAGAAAUCUAUAGGUUGUGGAUUUCUGAACUCUUAUGGUGCAACUGAAUGUUUUUCUGUCUUUACCUUUUCCAACCCGUAUCAAGUUAAAGCAGGUUCAUCAGGGCCAACUGGGCUGUCAUGUGAAAUUAAACUAAAAGAUGUUCCAGAAAUGGGUUAUACCUCUAGUGAUAAACCGCAUCCUCGUGGUGAAGUUCUUGUACGUGGUUAUUGUGUAUUUUCACAUUAUUAUAAGAAUGAAGAGGCUACUAAAGCAGCAAUUGAUGAUGAGGGUUGGUAUCAUACUGGUGAUGUUGUUGCAUUAGAUGAAAGUGGUGAUUUUUUCAUUAUUGAUCGUGUUAAAAAUUUCUUUAAAUUGGCUCAAGGUGAAUAUGUUACUCCUGAAAGAGUUGAAAAUAUUUAUUUAGCAAAUAAUCCACUGUUAACUCAAUUAUUUGUCCAUGGUGAUUCUUUCAGUAACUUCUUGAUUGGAAUUGCAGGUAUAAAUCCUGAAGCUGUGAAGGCUAUUUUGAAGAAGCAUUAUAAACAAGGUGAUAUCCAUUCUUUAGAUACUAAUGAUUUAUUGACAUUAUUAAAUGAUCAAAAUUUCAAAAAAAUUAUGUUGGAAGAGAUUUCAAAAAAUAUUUCAAAAUCUGAUUUACAAGGUUAUGAAAAGUUACAUAAUUUACAUUUUGAUUUAGAACCAUUAACAAUUGAAAAUGAUGCCUUAACACCAAGUUUUAAAUUGAAAAGAAGUUCUGCCAAAAAAGUUCAUCUGGAUAAGAUUAAACGAUUAUAUACUGAAGGAUCUUUAGUGAAACCAAGAACUAAAUUAUGA